UUAUUUGGAUUCCCACGAUCGACACGAGGGUGAAAUAAUGCAUCAAAACACGACAUGACGGUUUAUUUAUAUUCAUGGGGAGCAAACAGUUAUGGACAGUUAGGACUUGGAACUCGAGAUGACCAGCUGCUUCCUCAGAGAGUCCCCCUCCCUGACCUCUAUGAUGCCUCUCCCCCACUGACGCUGGUUAACAGGAUUCGGUCAGUCACAGGCGGGGGCGGUCAUUCCAUUAUAGUAAAGGAUGAUGGUAGUCUCUUUGUCUGUGGCUCUAACUGUAAAGGUCAGCUUGGAUUGAAUCACUGUAAUGACGUGCCAAGUUUCACCAAAGUUGAUUUAGCAGAGGCGGUUCAGAAGGUGUCAGCUGGCUGGGACUUCACAGUAAUUCUUACAGAAAAAGGAGACAUUUUUGUAUGUGGCUCAAAUGAGUUUGGACAGCUGGGUUUUCACCCAGGGAGACUUCCUCAAACCUUAACACCUAUGAAAGUGCCACUACCAGAAAACUAUUGGAAAAUAAUUGAUAUUGCUGCAGGUUUGAGACACACAUCAGUUUUGACAGCUGAAGGAAAAGUCUACAGUUGGGGGAUCAAAAGAAAAAUCAAGGAUGAAGAUCUACUGAAUGAAGCAGUGAAGAAAUCCAUAGAGAUACCAGUACUAGGAAAAGAGAUGCCUGUUGGAGACAAGAUUGUGAAGCUGUGUGCUGGUUCAUUUCAUACCUUAGUUCUCACAGAAAACGGGAAUCUGUUGAUUUUUGGAACUUUGAAAUAUGGAACAUCCACACAGGAGAGUUUGUCCAAAGGGGAUUCCAUACAAAUAGCUUCCAUUCCCAACUCUCUAUUUGAUAGUCCCAUAAUAAAAAUUGCAAGUGGUUGGACACAUUGUCUAGUAGAAUCAGCAAGUGGAAAAGUAUAUUCCUGGGGCAGAGGAAAUUAUGGUCAGCUUGGUCGAUCAUGUGACCACUCACAUGACAGUAAACCACAACAAAUACAAGAGUUACAUGGAAUAAAGUCACUAGAAUGUGGUUCUGAGCAUAGCUUAGUCACAACAGUUGAUGGGAGAUUGCUUGCUUGGGGUUGGAAUGAACAUGGGAUGUGUGCCACGGGAAAUGAGGACAACGUACAGACCCCCACAGCAGUUAAAGCCCUGUCUGAUUUCUUGUGUCUGGACUGUGGAUCUGGUGCUGGUCACUGUUUUGCCCUGUGUAAAGAUAAAACUUGAUCCAGAAUCUUCACUGAAAUGCCUUUGUAAUAAAUGUAACACAAUAUUGUAUAGGGUAUAAAUUAUUGUCUGUGUCCUUGU